AUGGGUGUGUAGGGAGCGAGCGAGGGAGGAAGGGAGAGAGCGAGCCAGCGAGCGAGGAGAAGAGCCGGACGGAGAUUCCCGCCCGGCGCCCGAGGUAGCCGCCCCCAUCGGGGUCCCCCUCCGCCGCCUGCGGGCUGCGCGCCCCCUCCGUCCGCCCCAGGGCGCCGCCGCCGGGAUGAGCAGCUCGCGGAACAACCGGGUGAUGGUGGAAGGAGUCGGGGCCCGGGUGGUCCGCGGCCCGGACUGGAAGUGGGGGAAGCAGGAUGGCGGCGAGGGCCAUGUGGGCACGGUGCGGAGCUUCGAGAGCCCCGAGGAGGUGGUGGUGGUGUGGGACAACGGCACCGCCGCCAACUACCGCUGCUCCGGGGCCUACGACCUCCGCAUCCUCGACAGCGCGCCCACCGGUAUCAAGCAUGAUGGGACUAUGUGUGAUACUUGUCGGCAGCAGCCUAUCAUUGGCAUCCGGUGGAAAUGUGCUGAAUGCACAAAUUAUGACUUGUGCACAGUUUGCUAUCAUGGGGACAAGCAUCACUUGAGGCAUCGUUUUUAUAGAAUUACCACACCAGGAAGUGAAAGGGUAUUGUUGGAGUCUCGACGUAAAUCAAAGAAAAUUACAGCAAGAGGAAUCUUUGCAGGUGCCAGGGUGGUGCGAGGAGUUGACUGGCAAUGGGAAGAUCAAGAUGGUGGCAAUGGGCGUAGAGGAAAGGUAACUGAAAUCCAAGAUUGGAGUGCGUCGAGUCCACACAGUGCAGCAUAUGUUCUUUGGGACAAUGGUGCUAAAAACCUUUACAGAGUUGGCUUUGAGGGCAUGUCUGACCUGAAAUGUGUCCAAGAUGCAAAAGGAGGCUCUUUCUACAGAGACCACUGUCCUGUGUUAGGUGAGCAAAAUGGUAACAGAAACCCUGGUGGGCUGCAAAUAGGUGACCUUGUAAACAUUGACCUGGACUUGGAAAUUGUGCAGUCUUUGCAGCAUGGUCAUGGAGGAUGGACUGAUGGCAUGUUUGAAACUUUAACAACAACCGGAACGGUUUGCGGCAUCGAUGAGGACCAUGACAUUGUAGUACAAUAUCCAAGUGGCAACAGGUGGACAUUUAAUCCAGCUGUUCUCACCAAGGCCAACGUUGUCCGAAGUGGAGAUGCCGCACAAGGUGCGGAAGGAGGUACCUCUCAAUUCCAAGUGGGUGACCUUGUUCAAGUAUGCUACGACCUGGAGCGAAUCAAACUUCUCCAGAGAGGUCACGGAGAGUGGGCAGAGGCAAUGCUUCCAACUUUAGGUAAAGUUGGUCGGGUUCAGCAGAUCUAUUCAGACAGUGACUUAAAGGUAGAGGUUUGUGGGACGUCGUGGACCUAUAAUCCAGCAGCUGUCUCAAAGGUGGCAUCAGCAGGAUCUGCUAUAAGUAAUGCAUCUGGUGAGAGAUUGUCCCAGCUAUUGAAAAAAUUAUUUGAAACCCAAGAAUCUGGAGAUCUCAAUGAAGAAUUGGUUAAAGCUGCUGCCAAUGGAGACGUUGCUAAAGUGGAAGACUUGCUAAAGAGGCCAGACGUAGAUGUGAACGGGCAAUGUGCUGGACACACGGCUAUGCAAGCUGCAAGCCAGAAUGGCCACGUCGACAUUUUGAAGUUGCUUCUGAAACAGAACGUGGAUGUUGAAGCAGAGGACAAGGAUGGAGACAGGGCUGUCCAUCAUGCAGCCUUUGGUGACGAGGGUGCUGUGAUUGAGGUUUUGCACCGAGGCAGCGCAGAUUUGAAUGCUCGCAACAAGCGCAGGCAGACUCCCCUCCAUAUUGCUGUCAACAAAGGUCAUCUGCAAGUUGUCAAGACUUUACUGGACUUUGGCUGCCACCCCAGUCUCCAGGAUUCUGAAGGAGACACUCCACUUCACGAUGCAAUAAGUAAAAAGCGUGAUGAUAUCCUUGCUGUACUCUUAGAAGCUGGAGCAGAUGUUACUAUCACCAACAACAAUGGGUUUAAUGCUCUUCACCAUGCUGCACUAAGAGGAAACCCUAGUGCAAUGCGUGUGUUGUUGUCCAAGUUACCACGACCGUGGAUUGUUGAUGAGAAAAAAGAUGAUGGUUACACUGCCUUACAUCUGGCAGCUCUCAAUAAUCAUGUGGAAGUGGCUGAACUUUUGGUGCAUCAGGGCAAUGCUAACCUGGAUAUCCAGAAUGUUAACCAGCAAACUGCUCUUCAUCUUGCUGUUGAACGACAGCAUACACAAAUUGUUAGGCUCUUAGUCCGUGCAGGUGCUAAAUUGGAUAUUCAGGAUAAAGAUGGGGAUACUCCCCUGCAUGAGGCCCUGAGACAUCACACCCUGUCCCAGCUCCGCCAACUCCAAGACAUGCAAGAUGUGGGCAAGGUAGAUACUGCUUGGGAGCCAUCAAAGAACACAUUAAUAAUGGGACUUAGCACUCAAGGAGCAGAGAAGAAGAGUGCUGCAUCUAUUGCCUGCUUCCUGGCAGCCAAUGGGGCUGACCUUGGCAUUCGUAACAAGAAGGGUCAGUCCCCUCUCGAUCUCUGCCCUGAUCCCAGUCUCUGCAAAGCAUUGGCUAAAUGUCACAAAGAAAAAGUCAGUGGCCAGGUUGGUUCCCGAAGUCCGUCUAUGAUCAACAAUGAUUCUGAAACCUUAGAAGAAUGUAUGGUGUGUUCAGACAUGAAGAGAGAUACUCUGUUUGGCCCAUGUGGCCACAUUGCCACGUGUUCUUUGUGCUCACCACGGGUGAAAAAAUGCCUCAUCUGUAAAGAACAAGUUCAGUCUAGGACAAAGAUUGAAGAAUGCGUAGUGUGUUCAGACAAAAAGGCAGCAGUGCUCUUCCAGCCUUGUGGUCAUAUGUGUGCCUGUGAGAAUUGUGCAAGCCUGAUGAAGAAAUGUGUACAGUGUCGGGCAGUGGUUGAGCGAAGAGUGCCUUUCAUAAUGUGCUGCGGAGGGAAAGGUACAGAAGAUACCAGUGAUGAUAUUUCAAGUGGAAACAUUCCAGUUUUGCAGAAGGACAAAGACAACACUAAUGUCAAUGCAGAUGUACAGAAGCUGCAGCAACAGUUGCAAGACAUCAAGGAACAGACUAUGUGUCCUGUGUGUUUGGACCGCCUGAAGAACAUGAUCUUUCUGUGUGGCCAUGGGACGUGCCAGCUGUGUGGAGACCGAAUGAGCGAGUGCCCCAUAUGCCGCAAGGCAAUUGAACGCAGGAUCCUUUUGUACUGAACAGGGGUCAGGGUCUCUUACUAGGUUGUGGAAGAGUUAGGACAUGCUGUUGGUUUAAACUUCUGUAAGUUUGAAAGGCAGUAAAGGUUCUGAUUGAAACAUUUCUUGUACUGUAGCACAGGUUCGUUACAUAGUAAUUGCUUAAAGACUGUGAACACACCAAGUAAAAGAAACAGUAUUUGAACAGUCAGCUUGUAGCUUUACUCUUAAGAAACGUCUAAGCCUAAUGCUAAUUUAAAUCAGUCUUUUUAAAAUUCUGUAUCUGUCUUCUUCCCCUUAAAGUUUAAAGGGACAAUCUUAUUUUGGUAUUGUUCAUGUGUAUCAUGUAUGUAUCAGAUGUCAAGUGAUGUAAGGGAAUUUUUUUUAUAUUGACAGUUACUACCGAGCAUAAAUAUUUAGUUUUUUUUUUUUUUUUCUUUAUGCUGUUCUGGAGUGUCAACAUUUCCUAUUGCAGUUCUGAUUCGCAAUUAAUUUCUGUCUUGAAAUACACAGUCAUGAAAAAUCAAUGCAAAAUAUAUACACAGUAGUAAUAAAUAUACUAUUCCCGUAAGCUAACGCCUCAGAAUACAAUGUUAAGGUAAUUCUGACUUUAUCAUACCCUUUGUUCCUGAGGAUGGGUUGUGUAGGAAACAGUUUUAGAAGCAUUGUGUUUUUAAAACUGCACUUUAGUCUAACAGGUUCAAGCUAAGUAACUUAAAUAGUGAGCUUCAUAAUUCUGCUAAUUACUUGACUUUGCAUGGAAUUGCUUUUAAUUUGAGUGGUAAGGAGAGCAUUUGAGCAGUGGGUCAGUUAUCCCUUUUAGAUGAGUGAAUUUGAUCAGUUGUGUAGAAACACAUACGUGCAGAGCCAUAUAAAAUUUGUGGGUCUGUGAAUUCAGAAGAAACAGAUUUUGCAAAAUUUCCUUUCUUUUCAAGUGAGCUUUA